AUGGCCGACCUCCGCCAGGACGGCUACUACCAGCGACCGACACGCGCCGACGACGACGAAUGCAGCUCGCUGGGCAUUCAGACGGCGGGUCCAUGGGGCGACUCCAUCUACGAGCGCUAUCAGCCCCGUGUCCACGAUAUUGUCAUCAACCAGAUUGUGCUCCAGGAACGUCUGCAGAUUCGCGUCAACAAUUUUCACCCGUCGCCCCACAUUAUCCGCGUCUUCAAUACGCUCAACGUGCCCGUGAUGUAUAAAGUGAAAGUGAACAACAGCCCGGGCCUCUCGACGUCGCCAACCCACGGGAUUGUGGAAGCCGGGAGAAGUGGCGAGAUUGACCUGUCGCUGCCGGUGUCUCCCGGGAAUUGCCGUCUCGCCGUCGACGUGUUGCCCACCGAGCCGGGCAAGCCGUUCGAUGCCGAAGCGUUCCACCAGACGACGCCGCUCCGCUACCCCGUCAACAUUGUCGUCGAA